AUGGUCCUCUCACCUUCGGUCUACCAGGUCCUGGUGGGCGUAUUCGCCUCCAUGGGCGCCUUCAUGUUGGGAUAUGAUCUUGGAGUUAUAGCUGGCGUCGUCGCUUCGCCGACGUUUAUCGACGAGUUCAACGAGCCGAAUGCAGUCCACACUGGCCUUGUCGUUUCUCUCUUCACGGUCGGCUGUGUACCUGGUGCCGCCUUUGCUGGGCCUUUUGGCGACUAUCUUGGUCGCAGGGCCACCCUGGCGCUUGGCUCCGUGGUCUUCCUCAUCGGUGGUGCCAUCCAGACCGCGGCUAUGUCCCUCAGCUAUCUCUAUGGAGGCCGCUUCGUCGCAGGCUUGGGGACGGGCAUUCUCGUGAUGGCCGUCCCACUCUACCAGGCCGAGCUAGCGCAUCCUAACAUUCGUGGCCGCAUCAACGCUUUGGUGCAGUUCAUGCUGGGCAUUGGCUCCUUUCUUGCAGCUUGGAUCACAUACGGUACUCUUCUCAACAUCGAUGGUUCCAAUGCCCAAUGGCGUAUCCCUUUGGGUAUCCAGAACGCCCCGACUGUCUUUCUCGCCACCCUGAUCUGGUUCUUCCCUGAAAGUCCACGUUGGCUGAUGGACAAGGGCCGCGAGGAAGACGCUCUUCAUACCCUCGCUCGACUCCACGCCAACGGUAACACCUCGGACGCUUUCGUCCAGGCUGAGUUUGAGGAGAUCAGACUCUCCAUCCAGAUGGAGCACGAGUACGAGGCGAAGUCAUACAUUGAGCUGUUCCAAAGCAAAACUUCCUUCAAGCGUCUGUUGAUUGGUGUCGCGCUCCAAGCCUCUGGCCAAAUGACGGGCGUUUCGGCCAUUCAAUACUACUCCCCGACCAUCUUCGGGCAAAUUGGCAUCUCUACCAUCGACACAUUGAAGUACCAAGGCAUCAGCAACCUGCUCGCUCUCUUCGGCGAAGCGUGCUGCUUCCUCUUCAUCGACAAGCUCGGCCGUCGUUGGGUCCUGAUUGGCGGUAACCUGGUGCACAUGGUCUGCUUCUUAAUUGCUACUAUCCUGUUGGCCAAAUUCCCGCCUGGCUCCGCUGAAAACGAAUCUGCGCAAUGGGCAUUCAUUGCAUUUACCUGGAUCUACAACUACACUUUCUCCGCUACCGUAGGCCCACUAAGUUGGAUCAUUCCGGCUGAGAUCUUCGACACGAGGACCAGAGCGAAGGGAGUUUCCAUCUCGACUAUGACGACCUUUGCUUUCAACACUAUGAUUGGCCAAGUCACACCCAUCGCCAUGGAGCGCAUCGGCUAUCGAUACUACUUUCUCUUCAUCAUCUGCAACUUCACCAACGCACUGUUCUUCUGGCUGUUCCUACCCGAGACCACCCGUCUUCCCCUCGAGAAGAUGAACGAGGUCUUUGCGGGUCCUUGGAUCGUCGUGGGCUCAAGCAAGAGGGUGAAGGCGCUGCGGGAGGUCGGCGUGGAGGAUGGAGAGCUCGAGAAGAAGCAUGAUGGAGAGGAAGCGGAGCAUGUACAUGCUCGCAAGGUAUCUUUAUGA